UAUAAAUAAAUAAAUUAUUAUAUUAAUUCCACAUGGCUAGCAAGAAGAAGCAACUUUUUAAAAUCAUCAUCUUAGGUGAUUCAGGAGUCGGAAAAACAUCUUUGAUGAAUUAAUAUGUCAAUGCAAGGUUCACUUAAUAAUACAGGGCUACAGUUGGAGCAGAUUUUAUGGCCAAAGAAGUUAUGAUUGAUGAUCGUAUGGUUACACUUUAAAUUUGGGACACUGCAGGUUAAGAGAGAUUCCAAUCAUUAGGUGGUGCAUUUUAUAGAGGAGCUGAUUGCUGCGUAUUAGUUUACGAUAUCACAAAUCCAAAAUCAUUUGAUUCAUUGGAUUCAUGGAGAGAUGAAUUUUUAAUGUAAGGUUAACCAAAAGAUCCAGAACAUUUUCCUUUUGUUGUAUUAGGAAAUAAAUUAGAUAAAGCCUCAGAAAGAAAAGUUUAGGAAUCUAAAGCUUAAUAAUGGUGUAAAUCUCAUGGAAACAUAUAAUUCUUUGAAGUAUCAGCUAAAGAUGCCACAAACAUUGAACAAGCUUUUCAAGACAUUGCAAAAGCUGCUGCAAGUUAGGAAAAAGAUGAAGAAAUAUUUUUCCCUACAACUGUGACAUUAACUAAAUAGAGCCAAAAACCAUAAGCCAAAUAAGGAGGAUGUUGUUGAUUCAUUGAGGUUUUAAACACAUUUCAUAAUAAUAUAAUUUAAAUCAAUCUAAAUUUUA